CCCGCCGACCUCGGGCUGGGUCGUCCACCGGGUCCGCCCUCGGGGCCGCCCCGUAGCCCUCGGCUCCCGCGAUGGUCCCGCACGGCCGGCCCUGAGCCCCGCGCUGGCUGGGGACUCGGCCUCCUCCAGCCCCACCCUCCAGGGAGCCGACACCAACUUCUGCUUUUGAACUCCGCUCUGCCCCCUUCUUUUGGCCCCGCGCGACCUCGGCAACCCAGACCGCGGCAGACCCUCCUGAGUCCCCAGAAAGGCCCCCGGGUGGCCUGGUGCCUUCCCGGCUCUUUCUGGAUGGAGGCUCCUCAGGAGGGUGCUGGCUGAACGCUUUGGCCUUCACCUUCCAGCCCCUGCUGACCACACCUCCCCUAGUGCAGAGGCUGCGUGAGGAGCAGGAAAUGCUGUACCAGCACAGCUGGCUCCCUGGGAUCUCCGUCUGACUGCCAGGAUGGAGGUAGGGCCGGCAACCAAGACCUUCGUGCUGGAGCUUCGAUGUCUUGAAGAUGGGGGCUCAAGGCCUGACACCCUCUCAGGUGGCAGCGGUGGGAGUGAGAGUCAGGAGGAGGAAGAGGCUCAGGAGAGGAGCAGUAGCCCACCACGGCCAGCAGUCUCAGCCCCGACGGGGGCCGGUGCAACCGCUGAGGGAGCCCCGCUAGAACAGCAGGAGUUGCAACCCCAACAGUUAGAACAGCAGCCAGAGCUGCAGUGGCAGGCACAGCAGGAGCAGCUGCAACAGCUGCAGCCACGAGACCAAGUGUCAGGACAUCAGCCAAACUCGCAGCAGCAACAGCAGCAGCAAGACGGGCAAGAGCAGCUGCCUCGACCACAGCCGGAAGAACCCCAGUCUGUGCAACAGGAGCCACUGCAACCACAGCUGCAGCUGAUGCAACAGCAGAAACAGUUACAAGAGCAGCACAUGCAAGAGCACCAGCUGUCACAGCAACAGCAGGAACAGUUCCAGCAGCAGCAAGAUGGGCAACAGCAGCUGCCUCGACAGCAGCAAGAACUACAGGAAGAUCCCCAGUCUGUGCAACAUGAGCAGCGGAAACCACAGCCGCAGCGGCUGCAACAGCAGGAACAAUCACAGGAGCAGCAAGUGCAAGAACAGCAGCUGUCGCAGCAGCAGCGGGAACAGUUACAGUCACAGCAGCUGCCACCACAACAGCAACAGUUGCAACAGCAGUUACAGCAGGAACAGUCACAGCUGCAGCAGCAGGAACAGUUACAACCGCAGCAGGAACAGUUACAGCUGCAGCAGCGACAGUUACAGCAGCUGCAGCAGCAGGAACAGUUACAGCAACAGCAGAAACAGUUACAACCGCAGCAGGAACAGUUACAGCUGCAGCAGCAGCAACAGUUACAGCUGCAGCAGCAACAGUUACAGCAGCAGCAGCAGCUGCAGCAGCAACAGUUACAGCUGCAGCAGCAGGAGCAGUUGCAGCAGCUGCAGCAGCAGCAGUUGCAGCAGCAGCGGCUGUUGCAGCAGCAGCAAGAACAGUUACAGCAGCAGCUGUUGCAGCAGCAGCAAGAGCAGUUGCAGCUAUUGCAGCAGCAGCAAGAACAGUUACAGCAGCAGCUGCUGCAGCAGCAACAGUUACAGCAGCAGCAGCUGCUGCAGCAGCAGCAAGAACAGUUGCAACAGCAGCAGCUGCAGCCCCGGCCACUGGAGCCAGAGGAGGAGGAGGAAGAGGUGGAGCUGGAGCUCAUGCCGGUGGACUUGGGGUCGGAGCAGGAGCUGGAGCGGCAGCGGCAGGAGCUGGAGCGGCAGCAGGAACAGCGGCAGCUGCAGCUCAAACUGCAGGAGCAACUGCAGCAGCUGGAGAAGCAGCUGGAGCAGCAGCAGCAGCUGGAGGAGCAGCAGGAGGUGCAGCUGGAGCUGACCCCGGUGGAGCUGGGAGCCCAGCCGCCCGAGCUGCAGCUGGAGCUGACCCCCGUGCCGCCGGAGCUGCAGCUGGAGCUGGUGCCCGCCGCGGGGGGCGGUGGUGCCGCCGGCCCGGGGACGCCCGCCGCGGUCGUGGUGGCGCCCCCGGGCUACCUGGUGCUGCAGGAGCUCAUGGUGCUGCCGGCCGUGUCGGCGCCCUCGGUGGUGGCCAUCCCGGGCCCGGCGGGCAGCGCGGCCCUGACGCCGGCCCGGCAGCGGCGGCGGCGGCGCGCCCGGGACCGGCCGACCAUCUGCGGGGAGUGCGGCAAGGGCUUCAGCCGCAGCACGGACCUGGUGCGGCACCAGGCCACGCACACGGGCGAGCGGCCCCACCGCUGCGGCGAGUGCGGCAAGAGCUUCUCGCAGCACUCGAAUCUGGUGACGCACCAGCGCAUCCACACGGGCGAGAAGCCCUACGCGUGCCCGUACUGCGCCAAGCGCUUCAGCGAGAGCUCGGCGCUCGUGCAGCACCAGCGCACGCACACGGGCGAGCGGCCCUACGCCUGCGGCGACUGCGGCAAGCGCUUCAGCGUCUCGUCCAACCUGCUGCGCCACCGCCGCACGCACUCGGGCGAGCGGCCUUACGUGUGCGAGGACUGCGGCGAGCGCUUCCGCCACAAGGUGCAGAUCCGCCGCCACGAGCGCCAGCUGCACGGCGCCGGCCGCUCCCGGGGCCUGGGCCUGCUCCGCGGCGCGCGCGCGGCCGCCGGCGGGGCCCCGCGCGCCGAGCAGGCUGCGGACAAGGCGCCGUGA